CGGCCUCCUUCUGGUGCUACACCUGUAACGACGAGCCCUCCAACUGGAAUUGUCUGAAAGGGACUAAGUGUGCCGACACUGACAAAUACUGCCUCACAAUAUAUGCGUCUGGAGGGAUUGGCGAUAAAAAGGGGCACCGCAUCACCAAGAAAUGCUCUCCGGUGUGUCCCCAAACAAACCUGAACCUCGGCGUAGCCGCCAUUUCUACCUCCUGCUGUGAGAAUUCCUUAUGCAACAUCAGCGGGGCCAGCAGUGUGAAAACCAGCUACCUGGUGAUGGCCACAGGGAUCUUGGCCAGUCUCAUCCACGUCCUCAGAACGGGACUGUGAUGGGGCCAGGAAAAGAGGACUUGCCAUCCCAAAGAACCAACUUGGGCUUUCCCAGAGAGAUACCAAAACUUCUGUGCAAAGUUGCCAUCUGGGUUAACACUGCUCUGUCUCUUCUGUCACCUCAGAUCCCCUCAGCAAGGAGUUUCUCUGUAAUUUUCUACGCUGUUGUUCUUUCUCUGAGGGACAGGAGCUGUACCCUGGGGAUAAGAGCACUGCCCUCCCUCACCGGGGGGUUGUGAGGAUAAAUGCAUUAAAGAUAUUACGCUGAUGGAGGC